CACAGACACAGGAAGAGGCGGUGCUGGGGGUCGAUAAUAGAGAAGAAUGAGUGCUGUGAGAGGAAUGGUGGGUCGGUGGAGUCGCUGUGUCCUCGGGGUGAUAAACGAGCAUUUGGCCGCACGGCCCUCCCAGUCAUAUACUGCAGUCUGGAGUUGUGUCAGAGCAGCUAGCAGAAGCUCACAAGGAAGUAACAAGUCUCAAACAGCACCUUUAAAAAAACCAAAAACUCCCCAGGGGCGGUUUGAUGAAACUGAACAAUCCAACAAGGAGAAGGAACCGUUGGAAAGAUUCCCUGGCAACAUCAAUCCUGUAACUAAAGAGAAAGGUGGGCCCAGAGGACCAGAGCCUACUCGCUAUGGAGACUGGGAGAGAAAGGGUCGAUGCAUUGACUUUUAAGAAUCCAAAGAGUUUAAGCAAUGUUUAGCCAUUCACAGAGUGUAGUCUGUGCAUUCUGAGCCAUCUUCUACAUUGCUGCAUACAUCACAGAUCAGAUAAGGGUAACCUGUUACACUGAAGACACAAUUAUUAA